CUCAUCCAGAGCACUUCUCCCUGAGUCUGCACUGUUCCUACCACCCUGUUUCAGGACGUCCUCUCUGACCCCCACCAGCUGCAGGAGGGGUGUGUGUGUGUGUGUGUGUGUGUGCAUGUGCGCGCGUGUGUGUGUGGGGGGGUCUGGUCUGGGUUUGAAUGAGCAGGGUGGCAGAGAGCGAAGGAACAGACAGAAGCAUGCUGCACCGGAGUCUUCCUCAGACAGGGGGCUUGUGAUCUAGGCAGGACAGAGAGCUGAACUCCUUCUCUCUCUCUGUCUCUCUCUCUCUCGGUGGAAACCUUAGUCUUCUUCUUAUUUUUAGUUUACUCAGCUGGAUAUUGUUGUGGAAGGGGGCACUUUUCCUGUACCCCCCCCUGCUUUUGUUCGUCCCCGUUGUGUGGGAUCCCGGCGCUGGUUUUUUUGGGAUUUUGGGAUGAUGGAGUUGGAACAUGUGUCCAGCGUGCCGGGGAGCCUCUCCCCUGGCCUGGACUCGGGGCGCCUCUCUCCCGGGCUGGAUUCGGGGCGCCUGUCCCCUGGACUAGAUCCCGGGCGCCUCCCCGGGUUCUCCUCUCAGGUCACCUUCAACUACAACCAGCUGGAGGGGCGCUUCAAGCAGCUGCAAGAUGAGCGUGAGGCCGUGCAGAAGAAGACCUUCACCAAAUGGGUGAACUCCCACCUGGCGCGGGUGUCCUGCCGGAUCACCGACCUCUACAUGGACCUGCGCGAUGGACGCAUGCUUAUCAAACUGCUGGAGGUGUUGAGUGGGGAGAGACUGCCCAAGCCCACUAAGGGGCGGAUGAGGAUCCACUGCCUGGAGAAUGUGGACAAGGCCCUGCAGUUCCUCAAGGAGCAGAGGGUCCACCUGGAGAACAUGGGCUCCCACGACAUCGUCGACGGCAACCACCGCCUCACUCUGGGCCUCAUCUGGACCAUCAUCCUCCGCUUCCAGAUCCAGGACAUCAGCGUGGAGACGGAGGACAACAAGGAGAAGAGGUCUGCCAAGGAUGCGCUGCUACUAUGGUGUCAGAUGAAGACCGCAGGCUAUCCCAACGUCAACAUUCACAACUUCACCACUAGCUGGCGAGAUGGCAUGGCAUUCAAUGCCCUGAUCCACAAACACAGGCCUGACCUGAUCGACUUUGACAAGCUGAAGAAGUCCAACGCCCACCACAACCUGCAGAACGCCUUCAACCUGGCCGAGCAACACCUGGGGCUCACCAAGCUACUGGAUCCAGAGGAUAUCAGCGUUGACCACCCUGAUGAGAAGUCGGUCAUCACCUAUGUGGUGACGUACUACCACUACUUCUCCAAGAUGAAGGCCCUGAAGGUGGAGGGCAAGCGUAUCGGCAAGGUGCUGGACAACGCCAUCGAGACGGAGAAGAUGAUCGAGAAGUACGAGUCGCUGGCCUCCGACCUGCUGGAGUGGAUCGAGCAGACCAUCAUCAUCCUCAACAACCGCAAAUUUGCCAACUCCCUAGUGGGGGUGCAGCAGCAGCUGCAGGCCUUCAACACCUACCGAACCGUGGAGAAGCCUCCAAAGUUUACCGAAAAGGGCAAUUUGGAAGUGCUGCUUUUCACCAUCCAGAGCAAGAUGAGGGCCAACAACCAGAAAGUGUACAUGCCCCGGGAGGGAAAACUCAUCUCUGACAUCAACAAGGCCUGGGAGAGACUGGAAAAGGCGGAGCACGAGCGGGAGCUGGCCCUGAGGACGGAACUGAUCCGGCAGGAGAAACUGGAGCAGCUGGCCCGCCGCUUUGACCGCAAAGCCGCCAUGAGAGAGACCUGGCUGAGCGAGAACCAGCGCCUCGUCUCACAGGACAACUUCGGCUUCGACCUUCAGGCGGUGGAGGCGGCCACCAAGAAGCACGAGGCCAUCGAGACGGACAUCGCGGCGUACGAGGAGCGCGUGCAGGCUGUGGUUGCCGUGGCGCGGGAGCUGGAGGCGGAGAACUACCACGACAUCAAGCGCAUCGCCGCGCGCAAGGACAACGUGAUCCGGCUGUGGGAGUACCUGCUGGAGCUGCUCCGCGCCCGCAGGCAGAGGCUGGAGAUGAACCUGGGCCUGCAGAAGGUCUUCCAGGAGAUGCUCUACAUCAUGGACUGGAUGGACGAGAUGAAGAUGCUGCUGCUGUCCCAGGAUUAUGGGAAGCACCUGUUGGGAGUGGAGGACCUGAUGCAGAAACACGCCCUGGUGGAGGCUGACAUCGCCAUCCAGGCCGACCGCGUCAAAUCUGUCAACGCCAACGCGCAGAAGUUUGCCAUCGACACCGACGGCUACAAGCCGUGCGACCCGCAGGUGAUCCGGGACCGCGUGGCGCACAUGGAGUUCUGCUACCUGGAGCUGAGCCAGCUGGCGGCGGAGCGGCGGGCGCGGCUGGAGGAGUCGCGGCGCCUCUGGAAGUUCUUCUGGGAGAUGGCGGAGGAGGAGGGCUGGAUCCGCGAGAAGGAGCAGAUCCUGUCGUCGGACGACUGCGGGAAGGACCUGACGGGCGUGCUGAGGCUGCUGAGCCAGCACAAGGCCUUCGAGGACGAGAUGAGCGGCCGCAGCGGCGGGCUGCAGCACACCGCGCGCGAGGGCCAGGAGAUGGUCGCCGCGGGACACUUCGGCGCCGACAAGAUCAGCCAGCGAAUCGCCGAGGUGCAGGAGCAGUGGGCGGGGCUGGAGCGGCUGUCGGCCGUGCGGAAGGCCCGGCUUCUCGACGCCUGCAACAUGCACCAGUUCCAGGCGGACGCCGACGACGUGGACGCCUGGAUGCUGGACGUGCUGCGCAUCGUCUCCAGCUCGGAGGUGGGCCACGACGAGUUCUCCACCCAGGCGCUGGUCAAGAAGCACAAGGACGUGGCGGAGGAGAUCGCCAGCUACCGGCCGGCCAUCGACGCGCUGCUGGAGCAGGCGCGGGCGCUGCCCGCCGAGCAGGCGGAGUCGCCCGAGGUGAAGGGCCGCCUGGCGGGCAUCGAGGAGCGCUACGCCGAGCUGGCCGAGCUCACGCGCCUCCGCAAGCAGGCCCUGCAGGACGCGCUCGCCCUCUACAAGAUGUCCAGCGAGGCGGAUGCCUGCGAGGUGUGGAUCGACGAGAAGGAGCAGUGGCUCAACAGCAUGCACAUCCCCGAGAAGCUGGAGGACCUGGAGGUGAUCCAGCACAGGUUUGAGAGCCUGGAGCCAGAGAUGAACAACCAGGCUUCACGUGUUGCCGUGGUGAACCAGAUCGCCAGGCAACUGAUCCACAGCGGACACCCCAGUGAGAAGGAGAUCAAAGCCCAGCAAGACAAGCUGAACACCAGGUGGAGUCAGUUCCGUGACCUGGUGGACCUGAAGAAGGAGUCCCUGAACUCUGCUUUGGGGGUGCAGAACUACCACCUGGAGUGCAACGAGACAAAGUCCUGGAUCCGCGAGAAGACCAAGGUGAUCGAGUCCACCCAGGAGCUGGGUAACGACCUGGCGGGCGUGAUGGCGCUGCAGCGCAAGCUGACAGGCAUGGAGCGCGACCUGGCCGCCAUCGAGGACAAGCUGGGCGACCUGCGCAAGGAGGCGGAGCGGCUGGGCGCUGAGCACCCCGACCAGGAGCAGGGCAUCGUGGGCCGGCUGGCCGAGAUCACCGCCGUGUGGGAGGAGAUGAAGAGCACGCUUCGCAACCGCGAGGAGUCGCUGGGCGAGGCCAGCAAGCUGCAGCAGUUCCUGCGCGACCUCGACGACUUCCAGACCUGGCUGUCGCGCACGCAGACCGCCAUCGCCUCCGAGGACAUGCCCAACACGCUGGCCGAGGCCGAGAAGCUGCUGGCGCAGCACGAGGGCAUCAAGAACGAGAUCGACAACUACGAGGAGGACUACCAGAAGAUGCGGGACAUGGGCGAGAUGGUGACGCAGGGCCAGACCGACGCCCAGUACAUGUUCCUGCGCCAGAGGCUCCAGGCCCUGGACACCGGCUGGAAUGAGCUGCACAAGAUGUGGGAGAACCGACAGAGCCUGCUGUCCCAGUCCCACGCCUACCAGCUGUUCCUCAGGGACACCAAGCAGGCCGAAGCCUUCCUCAACAACCAGGAAUACGUUCUAGCGCACACAGAGAUGCCAUCCACCCUGGAGGCAGCAGAGGGCGCCAUAAAGAAACAGGAGGACUUCAUGACCACCAUGGAUGCCAACGAGGAGAAGAUCAACGGCGUGGUGGAGACUGGCCGGCGACUGGUGAGCGACGGGAACAUCAACGGCGAGCGCAUCCAGGAGAAGGUGGACUCCAUCGACGACAGGCAUAAGAAGAACCGGGAGGCAGCCAGCGAGCUGCUGAUGCGUCUGAAGGAUAACCGCGACCUGCAGAAGCUCCUGCAGAACAGUCAGGAGCUGUCCCUCUGGAUCAACGAGAAGAUGCUGACUGCGCAGGACAUGUCGUACGACGAGGCGCGCAACCUGCACAGCAAGUGGCUCAAGCACCAGGCCUUCAUGGCCGAGCUGCAGUCCAACAAGGAGUGGCUGAGAGACGAGAUAGCGUCAAGAAGCGGGAGGCUGCUUGUUUCGGAGAAGCCGGAGACAGAGGUGGUGGUGAAGGAGAAGCUGUCGUCGCUGCAGACGAUGUGGGUGGACCUCGAGUCGACCACUCAGACGAAGGCGCAGUGCCUGUUUGAUGCCAACAAGGCGGAGCUCUUCACCCAGAGCUGUGCCGACCUGGACAAGUGGCUGGUGGGCCUGGAGGGACAGAUCCAAUCAGACGACUAUGGCAAGGACCUGACCAGCGUCAACAUCCUGCUCAAGAAGCAGCAGAUGCUGGAGAACCAGGUGGAGGUGCGGCAGAAGGAGGUGCAGGAGCUGCAGAGCCAGGCGCACGUGCUCCGCCAGGAGGGCAAGGACACGGACGAGGUGGACGGGCGGAGGCAGGUGGUGGAGCAGAAGUUCCGGGAGCUUCUGGACCCGCUGCGCAAGAGGAAGGACUUCCUCAUGGCCUCCCGCGAGAUCCACCAGUUCAACCGCGACCUGGAGGACGAAAUCCUCUGGGUGGAAGAGAGGAUGCCCAUCGCGACCUCCACGGACCACGGCCACAACCUGCAAACCGUGCAGCUUCUCAUCAAGAAGAACCAGACCCUACAGAAGGAGGUCCAGGGCCACCAGCCGCGCUGCGACGACAUCUUCGAGCGGAGCCAGGGCGUCCUGCGGGACGACAGCCCGAACGCGGAGGCCAUCCGGCAGCGGCUGGCAGACCUGCAGCGGCUGUGGGGCCUGAUGGGGGAGGAGGUGGAGAAGCGCCACGCCCGCCUGGAGGAGGCGCACUGCGCCCAGCAGUACUACUUCGACGCCGCCGAGGCCGAGGCCUGGAUGAGCGAGCAGGAGCUCUACAUGAUGUCAGAGGAGAAGGCCAAGGAUGAGCAGAGCUCGGUUGCCAUGUUGAAGAAACACCAGAUCCUGGAGCAGGCAGUGGAGGAUUACGCUGAGACCGUGCACCAGCUGUCGAAGACCAGCAGGGCCCUGGUGUCCAAGGGACACCCAGAGAGUGAGAGGAUUAGCAUGAGGCAGUCGCAGGUGGAUAAGUUGUACGCGGGGCUGAAGGACCUGUCGGAGGAGAGGAGAGGGAAGUUGGACGAGAGGUUCCGGCUCUUCCAGCUCAACCGCGAGGUGGACGACCUGGAGCAGUGGAUCGCCGAGCGGGAAGUGGUGGCGGGGUCGCACGAGCUGGGCCAGGACUACGAGCACGUCACUAUGCUCCAGGAGCGCUUCCGAGAGUUCGCCCGCGACACGGGCAACAUCGGGCAGGAGCGCGUGGACGCCGUCAACCAGAUGGCGGACGAGCUGAUCAACUCGGGCCACACGGACGCGGCGACCAUCGCCGAGUGGAAGGACGGGCUGAACGAGGCCUGGGCCGACCUGCUGGAGCUGAUCGACACGCGCACGCAGAUCCUGGCCGCCUCCUACGAGCUGCACAAGUUCUACCACGACGCCAAGGAGAUCCUGGGCCGCAUCCUCGACAAGCACAAGAAGCUUCCGGAGGAGCUGGGCCGGGACCAGAACACGGUGGAGACGCUGCAGAGGAUGCACACCACCUUCGAGCACGACAUACAGGCCCUGGGGACGCAGGUGAGGCAGCUGCAGGAGGACGCGGUGCGCCUGCAGUCGGCGUACGCCGGCGACAAGGCCGACGACAUCCAGAAGCGGGAGGGGGAGGUGCUGGAGGCCUGGAAGGCCCUCCUGGAGGCCUGCGACGGGCGGAGGGUGCGGCUGCUCGACACCGGCGACAAGUUCCGCUUCUUCAGCAUGGUGCGCGACCUCAUGCUCUGGAUGGAGGACGUCAUCCGCCUCAUCGAGGCCCAGGAGAAGCCCAGGGACGUGUCAUCGGUGGAGCUGCUGAUGAAUAACCACCAGGGCAUCAAGGCGGAGAUCGACGCCCGAAACGACAGCUUCACUGCCUGCAUCGAGCUGGGCAAGUCGCUGCUGUCACGGAAACACUACGCUUCUGAGGAGAUCAAAGAAAAGUUGCUACAGUUGACGGACAAGAGGAAAGACAUGAUUGACAAGUGGGAGGACCGAUGGGAGUGGCUUAGACUGAUUUUGGAAGUGCACCAGUUUUCGCGGGACGCGGGUGUGGCGGAGGCGUGGCUGCUGGGGCAGGAGCCCUACCUGUCCAGCAGAGAGAUGGGACAGAGCGUGGACGAGGUGGAGAAGCUGAUCAAGAGACACGAGGCCUUUGAGAAGUCCGCCGCUACCUGGGAGGAGAGAUUCUCUGCCCUGGAGCGGCUCACUACGUUGGAAUUAUUGGAAGUGAGAAGAAUGCAAGAGGAAGAGGAGAGGAUGAGACAGCCCCCUGCGGAAUCCCUGCCUGCACCCACCUCAGAUUCUGCGCAGAAGGAGGGUGAGCAGAUCGCCCAGAACGGGCUGCCGUCAGACCAGGACUCCCCACGGGACGGAGGUGAGGUGGUUAACGGUGUGGAGAGGAGCUCUAAGGAGUCCAGCCCGAUCCCCUCCCCCACAGUGGAGCGCAAAGGAAAGCAGUCCUCCACCCUGCCGGCCAAAUCCGACCUGCCCACGUCCCAGCUGGAGGGAGUCCUGUACCGCAAGCACGAGUGGGAGGGGCCCAACAAGAAGGCAUCCAGCAGGUCCUGGCACAAUGUUUACUGUGUCAUCAACAAUCAAGAAAUGGGCUUUUACAAAGACAACAAGAACGCAAGCCAAGGCAUCCCAUACCACAACGAGAUCCCCGUCAGCCUGAGGGGCGCGGUCUGCGAGGUCGCCGUCGACUACAAGAAGAAGAAGCACGUUUUCAAACUGAAACUGACAGAUGGCAAUGAGUAUCUCUUCCAAGCCAAAGAUGAUGAGGAGAUGAACAUGUGGAUCCAGGCCAUCUCGAACGCCGUCGCCUCGGACAAGUCGGAGGUGACGCCUAGCAACCAGAGCACCCCCGCCUCCGGCCGCGCCCAGACCCUGCCCGCCACUGUAACCAUGACUACGGAGUCCAGCCCAGGAAAGAGAGAGAAGGAGAAGGAGAAGGAGAAAGAGAAACGCUUCAGCCUAUUCAGCAAGAAAAAGUAGAGCUCCACCCCCUUCCUCACCCCCAUACCUGCGAGGUCAUUUUAUUUCCUGUUUUUUUUUUUUACCCGUCAUUUCCGGUGAUAUUCCAGCAUGCAAGCUCAGAACCAAGACUCCCCUCUCUGUUCCGAACGUUCCUUCGAUUGGUCAUUUACAAGUAACUGACAGAGAGUUUACAAAAAGGUAGAUGAUGACAAAAAUAAUGAGGAUUUGACCUGUAAUGUGUCGUGCAGAAGCCAUCUUAAAAAAGAAAAUCUUAACCAAGCCAGGACCACAUUUUUUCUUUGUUUUGUUUUUAUUGUUCCUUUUUAAAUAUUUUUGAAAUCAAAUUUUUUGCUAUUCCUCUUUUUUGUUUGUUUAAUUGUAUGUAGUUGCUAGGGUCUGGAUAUUAAAACAUUUCCUCAAUUUUGUGAGGCUGUCUUGGAAGGACAACUUGCAUCCUUUUCUGCUAUUGGACAGCAAGACAGCGGUGCUUACAAACCUGCACAUCCAUGCUCUGUAAAUUCCAGUCACACACACACGCGUGCAUGAACACACACACACACACUCACACACAUGCACACUGACACGCACUCACAUGCACAUGCAGACACUCACACACACUCAUGCACACACACACAUACACACACACACACCUAUUCAGUUAUUUUACUAAGGUAGCUAUGCUAAGUCUUGACUAAUAAACCUUCCAUCCAUUAUAGGAAGUUGGUAUAUCAUCUUUGCUAAUUCUUAGUAUAAACUUACAUUUGGAUACAAACCAGUAAUACUGAAAGGCCAGAUUUUAGCCACAUGAUGAGACUCUUGUAAAAACAGAGAUGAUCAGUUAGAAUGUUGGAUAUAUAGGAAGGAUAGGACACAGAAUGAAUUUUAAAAUCUGUAAUUUUACACAUUUUUUUCUUCCUAUUGUUUAUCGUUUUUGUUUUUGUUCAUUGUUGUUCUUGAGUUGCAUUAUAAUAUAUGUUUCAAAUAAUUCUAGUACAGAGUAUAAAAAAACUAGAUGUAUUAUAAACACUUUAAAAGCAUUGAUGUUAAGUGGAAAAGUGGAAUCCAAGCAUUUACUGGAAAAAUAAGUAAUGUUACUCAAAAAGGUUGCUUGCUUGUUGGCUAUAGCACUGCGUGUUAUAAUUUUUUGCUACAUUAUCUCGCUAUUUGAUACAUAGUGUGCAUUUCUCUGUCACUGUAACUAUUGUACUGAAAAUUUUCAUCUUAUUGCACAAUCAAAUAAACUGGCGUAAUCCGAAAUAAGUACUUUACUCAGACUGGGCCUGUAGGAGCGCAGAACCCUUGAGAACCCCCUGGUCUGUAGGGGUGCAGGACCCUUGGGUCUGUAAAUGCAGAACCCUCAGGUCUGUGGUUUGCAGAACCCUUGGAUCUGUAGGGGCACAGAACCCUUGGGUCUAUUGGUAUGCAGAACCCUUGGGUCUGUAAAUGCAGAACCCUUGGGUCUGUGCUGUGCAGAACCUUCGGGUCUGUAGGUGUGCAGAUCUCUUGGGUCUGUAGGUGUGCAGAUCUCUCUGGCCCGGUUCUCAAUAUUGAGCUGCACCUGUAGAAUUUUACCCUAUCUGUUAAAUAUGUGCGAUGUCAUUAAAAUGCUUUUAAAAAUGA